AGCGACUUCAGAAACUCUGUUUGAGUAUGUUUAUUUUUGUCACACUAACGUUAUGUAUAAUAUCGACGUGCAGAAUCGUCUAUGCUAUCGCAAUUAAGAAGGAUCUAAAGCUGGAUCCCCAUAUCCACCUCGACAACCAACGUGUAUAUAGAAUAUUGCUGGAAUCUGCACCUCAUGGAUAUACGCAUAGAAUCUCAGCAGGAAGUCGUAACGAGGAGUUUACUGUAAUGGUAACAAUGCGAAAUUCUAUGUUGUGGAUACCAAGUAUUAACUGCACAGAGUGUGGAAGUAAAAGAAAAUUCGAUCCAUAUAAAUCAAGUUCUUUCACUAAUACCGGCUACAACUGGUCAAUUCAAGAUGACGAUGGGACUGUGGGUGGUAUGCUAGGAAUCGACAAUCUUGUUGUUGAACCUUUGGAAUCAAGGAUGGACAUUGCUGAGUGUAUUUUUGGAUUGGCCACAAGAAUAUCAGACUAUGACAAUCUGGAAGAAGUGGACGGGUUAUUUGGACUUUUACCUAUUGCUAGAGGUGGUAUGUCUGGCAGACCAUUGAUGCGCCAGAUUGGGACCCUGUUGAACCCAUCGUUUACUAUCGACUUGAGCCAGCAAUCACAAGCUGGAACGGUUGGAUCUGUAUUCUAUGGACGUGUAUGGAAUACUGAUAGUUGCGUGAAUGAGGCAUCUGUGCAGAUCUACGACCAAUUCAAUCCCUACCAAUACGAGAGCAAAAUCUCAAUGGGGAGCUUCAAACCGUCCCACGCGUACAAGGCGAUGCUUGAAUUGAUCCCAUUUAUCAGUGGCCCACCAGAAUUUGUCGCUGGAAUUGCCAGCUGUGCAGGAGCUGAGUACAUCGACGGAUACUAUGAAGUUAACUGUGAUGAAGCCAACUCUAUACCAGAUCUGACUAUAGCUUACGCACAAGUACCUCUUCACAUAUCAUCGGAUAAGUUUAUCACCAAGGUGGGAGACAGAUGCGUUCUCGCAUUAGCCGUUCAAUUGGGCGCUGGUCUUGGACCAGAUGUCUACCUUGGUGCUCCACUCUUCAAACAAUACUGCAUCAGUGUAAAUUUUGCGGAAGGGUGGUUAGGGUUUGCUGAAGUGAUAGAAGCUCCUACAAAUUCUAGUCUCAAAGAAUGCAAAGUGAGCACUCAAUCCACUUCUCUUGCUACCACCAUUCGCUCUACUCUUGUGACCAGAAGUAGCACUCGCUCAACCGUACUUUCUACUAGAUCCACUCAAAGCCCUCACACAACAGAAGCGAUGGAUUCGACAACAAAAACAACAGCACCUGCUUUCUAUCAAAAUUCUCUUUUCAGCUUAAUGCUUUCGGUCUUUUUGAUUCGUUAAGAAAAAUAAAAGAAAAGUUUGU